AUUUAAAAUACAUAUAAACAUGGUUUAAAAUUAUAGGUAAGAAUAAUAAUAAGAGCGUUGGGCGCAAAAUAAUAAUAAUAAAGAUAAAAUGAUAUAAAACUAAUGAUAGUAAACAUAUGUGGCAAAAGGCCGACCAAUAUUUUUUCCUUAGAAGAUAGUAUAACACAAAGAGAAUAAAUAACAAUAAUAUUAUAAUAAUUUCACGAUUACAUUGAUCGAGUGGUGGAUGGAGAAGAAGGAAAGUAAUUAAAAGGGUGUCGUCGUCGCUCAGACCAUCGUCUCGCGAUAACACAAUGCUUAGCGCGGACAGAUGUAGUAUGAUCAAUUCAAUUUGUGAAUAGUUUAAAUUUUAAUAGUAAUUAUACAUAUGAAGACACGAUUUUGAAAAUUUAACACACACACAUAAUUAUAUUAUUUCUCUUACGGUAACUACUAGAAAUGCGGGACGACGGUAUUGCCAACAUAACGACGGAUAGAGUGGCUACAAUGUGUGUCGGAAUUCAGUGAUUCCGCAUAUUGCUUCCAUUUGUAUUUUGUUUAUUGUUGACCACGGACUAAAUAACAUUUCACUGACGCCGCGUUAUCCUCGUCACAGGCAUCGCACCGUUCUCCUUAUUACCAAAUAGUAGAUAUCGGAAAAAAUGACAGAAGACAAAGGAGAAGAUGCCACUGAAUACAUGAAUCUUAAGAUUCUUGGUCAUGACAACUCUGUUACUCCAUUCAAGAUAAAGAAACAUGCUCUUUUAAUAAAGUGUUUGAAAACAUACUUUAAGAUAAUUGGUUUGGAUUGGGUGUCAGUAAUUUUCAGCUUUGACGGACAUCGAAUUAUUAAAACUGAUACUCCGUCUUCCCUGGAAAUGAAGGAAGGUGACGUAAUUGAAGUCUUUCUACGUCAGAUUGGUGGUUGAUUUUAUUUUAACUAUUAUUAACUUCUUAUAUUUUAUAGGUACAUAAGUUUAAAUUUCAUGUAUUAAUCAACAUUUCAUGUACAUCAUAUUAGUUUUUGAAACCUCAAUUCCAAAAAUUGUCUUUUUACCACUAUACUGCCGUAUUAAAAAAAAUUGUUAUAAAUACAAAUUUAUGAUCAACUAAAACAAUAUUAAGAAUUUAACUUUAUUCAGCAAAUAAAUGUUAUAUGAACAGAACAUUAAAGAUGAAAUAUUUACAGUAAUACCUGCUUUUGUAAACCAUUUAUUCUUAUUCAUAUUAUUAUCAUUACAACGUGCUCUGAUGUCUCAUACAUAAAAUAUAAUAUACUUAGAUACCAAAAUAUAGAUAAUAUGACUUCGUAGGCCUACGAUCAUCAAAAGCAGCGUUAGUACUUAGUAAUAGGUAACCUAAUAACGUAAUGACGUCCAAACGUGUCAAACAACCAACGUGGAGUUGUUUCUGUUUUUAUAAUAUGAAUAUUAUAAUAGUCAAAAUAUUAGUCAAUUGAUUAUAGUAUUGUACGAAAUUAAAUGUUGACACACAUGAACAGCGGACAAGGCAAUUUCGAUAUCGUUUGUUGGCGGGGAGUGGAGUGUGAUGGUUCAUCGUCGACAACUGGUUUUUGCAGUCAAAAAAUAUUUUCAUAAUCUUGCGACACCGUUGGAUAGACCACUAGAUAUACCAUAAUACUAUUUAUUAUAAUAAAACCAAACUAUUUGUCCGUAUUCUACACGAGCAUAAUGCAAUAAUAUUAUAAUAAAAUGAAAAAUUAUACAUCAUGAAAUAGAUUUAAUUGAGUAUAAUAUA